AUGGCUUCCGGUCAUAUCAAUGUGCUCAUCACCAGCUUCAGUGGUCUCGGCCUGCCAAGGACCCUGUGCCUGCCUCUGCCACCCUCGACGUCCGCCCAUGACCUGUGGGGAGAGUUGGCCAGCCGUGUGCCUCAGGAACUGGAUGACGAGACCUUCAGCUCGCUCGUCCUGACCACAAAUGCGAAUGUCGGCAUUCCUCAACACGCCCACCUUGCCAUCUCUGCCCUCGCCUCACCCGAAGAUGACCUCCUUCCGCUCCGCCUCUCCUAUCCUACCCUCGGCGGCAAGGGCGGUUUCGGCUCACAACUGCGUGCCGCUGGAGGGCGCAUGUCUUCGAAGCGCAAGAAGAACAGGGGUGACGAAAAUGGUUCGAGCAGGAACCUGGACGGCCGGAGGCUGCGUACGGUGACUGAGGCGAAGGCACUGGCCGAGUUCCUCGCUAUCAAACCGGAGAUGGAGCAGAAGGAGAAGGAGAGGAGGAGAGAGCGAUGGACGGCAAUCGUCGAGGCAGCCGAGCGGAGGGAGGAGGAGAUCAAGAACGGCAACAAGGGCAGGCUGGAUGGCAAAUGGGUGGAGGACAAGGAGGAGGCCGGCGAGCGGACCCGAGAUGCUGUCCUUGCUGCCAUGAAGUCGGGAAGCUACAAGGACAACCUCCUCGGGACUUCGGAAGGAUCCUCAUCUGCAUCGGCCGAGGCGAUGGAGGAAGAUUCGGAUGGCGAAGACUCAGACGCAGGACAGGGGAGCUCCGGGAGGACGACGCCAGCAUCAGAAACAGGGAAGGGCAAGCAGCCGGCGACAGCAACCGGCAGUGCCAAGCCCAGGUCAUUCUUUGGUUUCGAGGAGGAUGACGAGUUCAUGAGUUCUGAUGAGGAGGAUGGUGGCGCGGCUGGGAAAAAGUAA